AUGUCGCAACGACACCCCUCUAGCGCACGGGAUUCAAUGCCCUCGACAGGCGAACACCGAGACGGAUCGUCAGGCCGCCGGUCUCCUCCACACCGAUACGAUGUUGAUUCAUCCCGACGGGCAGUGGGCACUGUGCCAGCUAGCAGCGGUCGCGCAAGCGGGGAGCUAGAGGGCAGUACACUGGGCAGCAGUUCUCGGGAGGAUGAGACGAGCACUACAGGCCAGCGCAGAACCCAAAGCUCCGGUGGCUUCCUACUUGACUCCCUACCGCGCUCGAAGAGCUCUCGAAUUAGCUCACAUCACCAUCUCCCGUCGGAAUCACCUGCGGAGAAACGAAGUGCUCCGGAGGCUGAUAUCGUUGUGCUCAAGAAACGAUCGCGCUUUCCAUGGAGUCGUCACAAGAAUAGUGCUUCAGCUUCAGCUUCAGCCGCUUCGGCUCCGGGCUCAGCAGCUACACACCAAACCCCAACUCCUCCCCCGGAAGUCCAUACAUCGAGAGCUUCAUCGGGAGCUGACACUGGAGGACAUAGCAUGGAGAUGCCUGGCCUUGACAGGGACUCUAUUCAGAUUGUCAACCUGGCUAUGAAUCUGAAUGAAUCACGACGAAGAACUGCCUCUGGGCUUCCUCCAGGGCCCAACAUUCGGAGACCGAUAUCUGUCUCUCAACCUACUGCAGGACCUGCGGAUCUGCAUGCAUUAUCACCGCAGGGAAACUUUGCUCACCAUUUUCGCAAUUACAGCCAGAUACAGGGCGGUCAUAUCUCACCAUCGACGCAGCAGGGCGGGCAAUCUCCUGUGGUAGACUUUCUACCAGCCACUGCGGUUGAUAACAACCGGGCAUAUGACUUUUCUAGCAACACAUUCGCUCGUGCGGAUCGAGCUCGUCGUCAUUUUGAUCUGUUUCAUGAAUACCUACGGCUGCUUCCUUUACUGCCUCCGCUUCGAAGCCCCCCAACCCAAGAUGACCCCAACUCUACGCAUCCUGCAGCUGCCAACUCACCGACUAGCCGGGCAUAUAACCCGCUUCAAAUGAUUCGUAACAGACGAGUUAGAUAUCGGGAGAAGUGUCCCAUUGACCUUGAGACAGACGGCUGGCAUGAUGUUGAAAAAGUCCACGAUUGGGUUACAUCUAUUGAGGAAAAAUACUACCACAAGACCCAUGACCAGACGCAGUCUCUCAAGCUUCCGUCCUUCCAGCAGGGGCAACGCCCUCAGUCUCAGGGCGAUCCAAACGACACGGACAUGUUGACUACAUCGCCCCCCUCGAGCUUGAAACGUGCCAGCCGCACAAAUAGCGCCAAGACGCCCCGGCCCCGUCUUGACUGGAAGUUCUCACCUGCAGAGCUCCUAGCUGAUGCUGCCUGGCUCGAAUAUGGUACCAACAAGGCGAAAAUCGUCGACAACAUCGGCAAUACGCUCUAUCCAGACCCAGAGGAGCUAGCUCUGACGUACACGAAAUCAGAAACAGCCGCCCAUCCAAAUCAACACUUGACUGUUGAAAUGGAAGAUGAGGGGGAACGUUCCUCCCGUACUUCUAUGUCAAGUUCCCGUCCUCCGCUGGGACCUGAGUUUAAGACCGUUGGUCGUGGACGACAUACGCACAGAUUCCGGAAUCAUUCCCAAAGUGUGCGCGGCCGAAGCGAAUCUAGCUCGCGGAAGGACUCUCGAUGGGACAAGGUCAGAAUGCGCUCGGGCAGUGCUUCAAGCGAUUCCAGUGCCGGGCGUCGAAGCAUUGCAGUCAAUCUGUCUCCACCAUCAAGCCGGUCCCCUUCACCAGCCAGGAAGGGUCUUCGUCACAAGAUUGCCUCUCGCCACGAGCGAAGUAAGAGCAAGCAGGGGGAUCGGGAGUUUAAGGAGAAGGAAGACGCGAUCCCUGAAACGGAACCCUUGCCUCGUCAAAGCUUAAAGUCUCCACCUGAGCGUGCCGAGCCGGUCUCGAGGUCUUCAAAGCUUGAACCAAGUCCGCUUCCAGACGUUGUGUCUUCGUCUUAUGGCGACGAUCAAAGUACGGUCGAAGACGACAGGAUGGAUAGUUCUAGGGGACGAAAGGGCCAGCAUACCGCCGAGUCCAAGCUCCGAGGGAUCUUCAAGGGGCCCGGACGGAUAGCUGAAAUUGUGGGAAAUGAAGUAUCCAAGGUUGGAGAUCUGAUUUUGAAGAAAGAUGCACCUCCUGAUUCCCGGAAGUCGUCGUCUGCAACCACUCUCGCCUCGGAUGAGAGCGAUUCUGACGAGGAGGAAAAGAGAACGGACAAGCGAUCAGGGCCCAAAGGCCUUCUUCGACGCCCACCGACCCUGGAAGAUCCUGGGCGCCUUGCUCGUCGAGACCCCGACAAAGGUACACCAUCCAAAGGCUUCAAAGGCUCUCUGCCAAGUUUCACUUCACCAUUGCGGCAGGAUGAGCGUAGCGGGUCAACGGAUGCAGUUGACUUUGGUAGCCCCCGUGAACGUGUACCUGCAUCCCGCAGACAGGGCGAGGAUCCAAAGAGAACGGGUUUGUCUCGGAGCAGAACAUUCGAUUUCGGCCCUACACUGCAGUCGAAUCGGGGCCGCACGAAGCCGCAUGCAAUCAAGGAUCCCUCAGUACCUUUCAGUCUUACCCGCCCCCCUGUUACUGGACUUGCAAAGGUCCGGGCAUCUCCUCAACGAUCUGCCAACAACGGAACCGCUCUAUUAGGAGCGAGUCGCGCAUGGAGUAUCUCAGGUCGCAGUCUCCAAGCAUUGAACGACUCAGGCGUCCCGAGUAAGACAGAAAUCGAGAGGACCAGAAUCCUGCUCCUUUCAUCCGGUAUCAAAGCCCGAGAGAUCACUCGCAGAGCCGAGAGUGUACGCGAUCCACCUCCGCAAUGGCUCCAAAAAUCCAUGGGUCCCAGUACAUCCAUCACUCGCGUCCCCCGGCUCAACGAGUUCGAUGUCGCAGCCCAAAAUCUUCUCCGACGAUUUGAGACGACCCAAUACUCAUUCCAGCAAGCCAUGCACCACUUUACCACAACCACCUCAUCACCCCUUCGCACCCAGCUGAAAGACUUGGAGACUCUCCUCGACCAAUCCCUCGCUCCCCGCGUGCGGGCCACAGCCGACCAGGCUGAGGACCUGUGCGUUCAGCUCAACACCACCAGUACACUUGCAGUCAAGUCCCUCGGUGAUGCUCUCGACAAAGGCGUACGCAAGCGGCGCCGUCGACUCCGCUGGGUGCGACGCACAGGCUUUGUCAUCCUCGAAUGGGCCCUUGUCGGUAUGCUCUGGUGGGUUUGGCUGAUUGUAAUGGCGUUCAAGCUCGUGCGUGGUAUUCUCCGCAGUACUGUCUCUGGCGCGCGAUGGGUUCUUUGGCUCUAA